AUGUGCAUAUUUCAGAUAAAGCCGGUUUCGAGGGAUGAGGUAAGCGCCGAAUAUUUGCCUCCGGAAAUGAAGGAUGGGAAUACGGAUAUCGAUCCAGGUGCUGUGCAUGUAUUUUGUCUUGGCGAGGUCCUUCGAUUUGCGGGUGCUGCUGAAUCAGGCAAUGCAGACUUGUUUUCAAUGUUGAAUGUGAUGACAGUGGCUCACGUCGCCACACGUCCUUCCGUCACUCGACUUGGGCAAAUGGCCAAAAAUAAGCUUGCGAUACAGAAUCCAAGAGCACUGCUGGCCGAAAUGUACAUACUAGUAAUGGGUGACGAAGCGGAGGACAUCGACGAUGUAAGCCACUCAUAA